AUGGUUCCUAGUUCACAUUCCCUUGCCGAAAAACCGCGCCCAGCACCUUGUGGCCUUGGUUGUGCUGUAAAACUAAUGACCAAUCCCACUAUGCGGUCAGAUAAGAGUAGUCAAACAUUUGGUGGUGCCCAUGCCUAUAACACUGUGCGCCCUCUAGCGUAUAAAGAUGCCAACGUCUUCUUUUUGUGUUUUCUCAUCAGUGAUCCAGACACUUUAGAUAACACUGUUUACAGAUGGCACCCGGAGGUAAGAGAUCAUUCCUCCAAUGUACCGGUUAUCUUGUGUGGCUGCCAAAGUGACCUCCGUACGGACAGUGACACCUUGACCUCUCUAGCAAAAGUUAAAAAGGUCCCCGUAAGCUCAGAACAGGCUUUAGCUGCUUCCAGGCGGAUUGGAGCCACAACUUACGUUGAAACAUCGUCCAGCGUAAGUGGGUGUAGCGUGAGAGAUGCUUUUGAGGUGGCGGCACUCGCAGCCCUAGGUAAACUGAAUAAAAACCACGUGACUGUUCCACGUCAGACAACUUUAGUGAAGUCCAAAUAUAAGUCCAAGAUUGACCUAAAAGAUGACUUCCGCGAUAGAGGAAAAAACUGUGUUGUGAUGUGAGAAUGUAUUUGUUUAGUUUAAGACUAGCAACGUGAACACUGACUCCAUCUUAAUAGGCUGCCGUAUGUACCACGUGAUUCACAAAUCAUUGCGUGAAACAUUCUAUUCUUUAAUUUAAAUUGUAUCAUAAAAUUCAACUCCUGAAUCGACUUUCAAAACACGAUAUAGUGGAAUAAGACCAAAAUGUAAAGCCACAGCUGGAACUCUUAUUAUAAACACCAAAAGAGAAUUAAUUAAGAAAUGUCACUUAUAGGAAUGUUUUUCCAACUUCAAUAUUAUUAAUAUUGACUUUUGAUAAAAGCAAGCUAACUUUGUAGAUCAGGACUAAAAUCAACCUAAUUAUCAGUAUGGCUAAUUAAAUAUGAUGUUCUUACCGGUACGUUCUUAGUAAUAAAGUUUGUUAAACAAGCAGGUAACGAUAUUUUCUGCCGUAAGUUAGGCGGUUUGAAACGUACAUAUCAAAACUAAUUCAAGAAAACUACUCAUGUAUACUAACAAACGUAUCGUGUCAUGCGAUUAAAACAUUCAAUUUGAAGUACUGCUAAUACUGAUAACGUGCACAUAAGUGGAAUAUCAAAUUUGGAAAAUUAUUUAGUGAUAUCAAAUUUUCACAAAACUUUUAAUUGUCUCUUAGACAUUAUUGUGCAUCUUGCCAAAUACACAACUUAAACGUGAAUAAUUGUAAAAUUAAUUCAAUUAGAAUAACUAUAAAAAAAUAAUAAUAAUUGAAUAAAUUAAAUGACUUAAAAUAAAGUUGAUAAUAAUUACAAUUCACGCGCUUAAUCUGAUCCAUAUCUUAAGAGUUAUUAUUCGUGUCAGUUUAUUAUCUAUAUAUAUAUAUAUAUAUAUAUAUAACGCCUAAAACAUUACUAUAUCUGUUGUAUCCCCGCCGGCUUGAUGAGCUCUGGUAUUGUGCGAAAGGCCUCGUCGGCACUGGAUAUGGCAGAGGUAGUGUGAUUGACAUAUUAUAGCAUAUUCUCUUUUGUUUUCACUUAUAGGAUCUUAGGAUUAUGUGAAAUUUACUCGAAUGAAAAUAUGUGAAGCUGAUGACUAGAACACUUGACAGACUGCAACACGUGAACUAAAGUACGUACAGUUUGUACAGUAUAGACAAAAGUUCACGCAAAAUAUUAGCUUCCGUAGAAAUAUGCCACAUUUAAAAGCGUUAUAAUUUAGUAUUUGUUCGUGCAAAAUAAUUAACUAAAAUAAUAAAUAAUGAGGUGUUUCGCAUCUGACUGAUUGUAUUAAAUUACCGCUUGUUCAAGAGUCACUUAUCUAGUGUUAUCUAGUGUUAAUAAAGCCACGUGAGAGGGCCUUUGACGUAUGAUAUCUGUACAAAACAAUAGAUCUAAAUACCUAAACACUUGUUGAAGAGAAACGUUUGUAAUUUCUGUUUAUAUCCGUUCUUUGUGAAUAAUGGAAAUAUCAGACGCUGACAUCUUCGCGUGGGCUCUACAGUUGCAUUCAUGAUAAUGGCUUCCUGUCGUCAUGGUUACUGUAGUAUAAUGAUUUUGGUUCAAUGUAUAAUGUGAUUUCUUCGUCGCUAAAAUAUUAUCACUUGAUCGUUUAAUCAGAAAGGUAACGUGUAACACGUAUAGCUUCACAAGAAAUCUUUACUUGGCUGUGUCAUUGUAAAGAUGACGUGUAUCGUGAAUAACUUAUAAGAACAUCAGAAUCAACGCCUCCCACUCGAGAAAAGAACAAUAAAAUAAAAUAAACAUUGGAUUUAAUUGCGAAAUAAAAUUAUAAACGAACGAUUAGAGUAAUUACAACGUGUACAAGAAAACAAACGUCGGGGUUAAUUAUGGUAAACAUUAGAGUGAUUGACUUAUUAAAACGAAACGAACGACGGAGAAAAAAAAAUAAUCCAUCGGACAUAAUUAUAAAACAAGCUAAUGGACAGAUUUGCUAAGCGUAUGAACACAAUCUAAAAACAACUGUGAGAUAUCAGGUUUAUUUAUCUUACCAAAAUAGUUAUACUACUUUUUGUAACGUAAACAUGUUCUGUAAAUUAUAUUUAUAGCACAGAUCUAAAUUUACCAGGAUAUAAUCGAAAACAAAUUUUCGAAAUCUGUAAACAUGGUGUAGUUAUUCCUGAAAAUUAAAAGUUUGACGAAUUCGUAGAUCAUUUUAUUACCCAACUAAGUUAUCUUUCCUAUCAGGUGGCGCUAUUAAAAACUCCAGAGUAAAAUAAUAGGCAUUGAUAUUGUUACGUCUCCGUUCGUUAAUUAAUUUUCCGUAAAUUCGUUCCAACGAAACU